AUGUGGAAAAUGUUCACUCAUCAAGGUGAUCAUAAAUGGGUAAAUAUUCUGGAUAAGCUUGUUACAGGAUACAAUGACCACCAUCACCGCAGCAUAAACAUGUCUCCUAUUGAAGCAUCCAAGAAAGACAACGCUGAGCAAGUUUAUGAAACUUUAUUUCCCUCAACCGGAAAAGAAAUGUUUAAAAAUGAAAGUCCUAUAAGAAGCAAGUUCAAAAUAGAUGAUACAGUUAGAAUAACAAAGUAUAAAGCUGUAUUUGCUAAAGGUUAUCUACCUAACUGGAGUACAGAAAUGUUUAAAAUUUCAAAAGUUCAUCCCGGAGACGUUACUACUUAUUCUAUCAGAGAUCUAGCAGACGAAGAAAUCACAGGAAAAUUUUAUGAGGAAGAACUCACACUCUACAACAAUGUAAAAGAUGAACAUAAAAUCGAAAAUAUUAUUAAACGUAGAACUAGAAAAGGUGUGAAGGAAUUGUUUGUCAAAUGGUAUGGUUAUCCCGAUAAGUUCAAUUCUUGGAUCCCUGACACUAAUCUCAAUUAA